UCCGGUCUCAAAAUGGAGGGCCAUGAUCCAAAGGAACCAGAGCAGUUGAGAAAACUGUUUAUUGAAGGUUUGAGCUUUGAAACUACAGAUGAUAGUUUAAGAGAACAUUUUGAGAAAUGGGGCACGCUUACAGAUUGUGUGGUGAUGAGAGACCCCCAAACAAAACGUUCCAGCGGCUUUGGUUUUGUGACUUACUCAUGUGUUGAAGAGGUGGAUGCAGCUAUGUGUGCUCGACCACAUAAGGUUGAUGGGCGUGUAGUGGAACCAAAGAGAGCUGUUUCUAGAGAGGAUUCUGUGAAGCCUGGUGCUCAUCUAACAGCGAAGAAAAUUUUUGUUGGUGGUAUUAAAGAAGAUACAGAGGAAUAUAAUUUGAGAGACUACUUUGAAAAGUAUGGCAAAAUUGAAGCCACAGAAGUUAUGGAAGACAGGCAGAGUGGGAAAAAGAGAGGAUUUGCUUUUGUAACUUUUGAUGAUCAUGAUACAGUUGAUAAAAUUGUUGUUCAGAAAUACCAUACUAUUAAUGGGCAUACUUGUGAAGUGAAAAAGGCCCUUUCUAAACAAGAAAUGCAGUCUGCUGGAUCGCAAGGAGGUCGUGGAGGUGGAUCUGGCAACUUUUUGGGUCGUGGAGGCAAUUGAGGUGGUGGAGGAAACUUUGGCCGUGGUGAAAACUUUGGUGAAAGAGGAGGCUAUGUUGGUGGCAGCAGAGGUAGUUAUGGAGGAGGUGAUGGUGGAUAUAAUGGAUUUGGAGGGGAUGGUGGCAAUUAUGGCAGAGGUCCUGGUUAUAGUAGUAGAAGAGGCUAUGGCGGUGGAGGACCAGGAUAUGGAAACCAAGGUGGUGGAUAUGGUGGAGGUGGUGGAGGAUAUGAUGGUUACAAUGAAGGAGGAAAUUUUGGCAGUGGUAACUAUGGUGGUGGUGGGAACUAUAAUGAUUUUGGAAAUUAUAGUGGACAACAGCAAUCAAAUUAUGGACCCAUGAAAGGGGGCAGUUUUGGUGGAAGAAGCUCGGGCAGUCCCUAUGGUGGUGGUUAUGGAUCUGGUGGUGGAAGUGGUGGCUAUGGUAGCAGAAGGUUCUAAAAACUCAGCAGAAAAGGGCUACAGUUCUUAGCAGGAGAGAGAAUGAGGAGUUGUCAGGAAAGCUGCAGGUUACUUUGAGACAGUCGUCCCAAAUCCACUAGAGGAACUGUAAAAAUCUGCCACAGAAGGAGCGAUGAUCCAUAGUCAGAAAAGUUACUGCAGCUUAAACAGGAAACCCUUCUUGUUCAGGACUGUCGUAGCCACAGUUUGCAAAAGUGCAGCUAUUGAUUAAUGCAAUGUAGUGUCAAUUAGAUGUACAUUCUUGAGGUCUUUGAUCUGUUGUAGCUUUGUC